ACUGAGCAAUAGUAUAAACCUCAGUAUGAUAGUGAACAUAACAGAAACCCUAAACUAUGCAUUCAUUCAGUCAACUUCACCGUUCCAUUCCAUUCCAUUCCAUCAUUUACAAGAAUAAUCAACCUUGCUAAUGUUCCGUCAAUAUGAAGAAGAAUCAAAAUCUAUUUGAAUCUGUUUUAACCAAACAUGUUGAUUUUUGCUCGCAACCUCUUCCACACCACCGGUAGCCGUGUAAGCUCCUUCUAUUCACCAUUUCAUUCAAACCCAUUUCCCCUUUUCUUCACCCUAUCAUCCCAAUCUUCUCAAAAUCCAAUUUUUGGUUUCCCCAUGAUUUUGUUCACUAGCUUCUUUUGUGUUAUCAGAUACCCAUUUUCUUCAAAAUCUUCUUUUGACGACACUGUUUCUGAGUCAGUUCGUAGUUUCGCGCAACGUGAUGAUCCCCACAUGUUUGAUUCAGCACUUGCACCUAUUUGGGUGUCUAAGGUUUUGGUGAAUUUGAAAGGGGACCCAAAAUCGGCAUUGAAGUUUUUCCACAGUGCAGGGAAUCAAGUUGGGUUUAGCCACACUGCUGAAUCUUAUUGUAUCCUUGUUCAUAUUUUGUUUUGUGGGAUGUUUUAUUUUGAUGCGAAAAAUGUUAUUAAAGAGUGGAUUUUGUUGAGGAGGGAAAUUCCGGGUUGUGAUUGGUUUGAUAUGUUAUGGUUGACUAGGAAUGUUUGUAGGACAGGGUUUGGGGUUUUUGAUGCUUUGUUUGGUGUUUUGGUUGAGUUGGGGAUGCUUGAUGAAUCUAGGCAAUGUUUUUGGAAGAUGAAAAAGUUCAGGGUUCUGCCGAAAGUGCGGUCCUGUAAUGUGCUUCUUCACAAGCUUUCGAAAUCAGACCAAGGGAAAUUGACCUUGAGAUUUUUCAAGGAGAUGGUUGAGGCUGGUCUUUCGCCUUCGGUUUUCACCUAUAAUAUAGUGAUAGGCUAUUUGACCAAAGAAGGAGAGUUAGAAACUGCUAGGAGUUUGUUUGAACGGAUGAAACAGAUGGGUCUUAUGCCGGAUGUUGUCACUUAUAAUUCCCUCAUUGAUGGGUAUGGGAAGGUGGGAUUAUUGACUGAAGCUGUUAUUGUUUUUGAGGAAAUGAAGGAUGCAGGAUGUGAACCAGAUGUGAUAACAUACAAUUCUUUAAUCAAUUUUUUCUGUAAAUUUGAAAGAAUUCCUCAAGCUUUUCGGUAUCUGUGUGAGAUGAAGGAAAGAGAGUUGAAGCCAAAUGUUGUAACUUAUAGUACAAUGAUAGACGCAUUUUGCAAGGCCGGCAUGUUGCUGGAAGCAAUUAAAUUUUUCAUCGACAUGAUACGUGUUGGUCUUCAACCCAAUGAGUUUACAUAUACAUCUCUGAUCGAUGCAAAUUGUAAAAUAGGGGAUCUGAAUGAAGCUUACAAACUGACAAGUGAGAUGCUGCAGGCUGGCCUUAAGUUAAAUAUUGUUACCUAUACUGCAUUACUGGAUGGUCUUUGUUAUGAUGGUAGAAUGAAAGAAGCGGAAGAACUAUUCAGAGCAUUGCUUGAAGCUGGUGUGGCUCUUAAUUUGCAAAUUUAUACUUCCCUUAUUCAUGGAUGUAUCAAGGCUAAGAUGAUGGAGAAAGCCAUGGAUAUUUUAGAGGAAAUGAACAAGAAAAACUUCAAACUAGAUCCCCUUCUGUAUGGAACCAAAAUAUGGGGUCUUUGUAGGCAAAAUAAAAUACAAGAAUCUGAGGCUGUAAUACGCGAGAUGAAGGAUCGUGGUCUGACUGCAAACAGUUAUAUAUAUACAUCCCUUAUGGAUGCGUAUUUUAAGGUUGGAAAAGUCACAGAAGCUGUUAAUCUAUUACAAGAGAUGCAGGAAUUGGGUAUCGAAACAACAGUUGUAACCUAUGGUGUACUAAUUGAUGGUUUAUGCAAAAAAGGUUUAGUUCAAAAGGCUGUUAGUUACUGUGACCACAUGAUUGAAACUGGUUUGCAACCUAAUAUUAUGAUUUUUACUGCACUGAUUGAUGGCCUCUAUAAAAAUGAUUGUGUUGAAGCAGCCAAUAAGCUGUUCAAUGUGAUGUUGGAUAAGGGAAUUAGGCCAGAUAAGUUAGUUUAUACCGCUUUGAUUGAUGGAAACCUGAAGCACGGUAAUCCUGAAGAAGCUUUGAGUUUGCUUAAUAGAAUGGUUGAAUUGGGUAUAGAGCUUGACCUGCAUGCUUAUACUUCAUUGGUUUGGGGUUUUUCGCAUUGCGGUGAAGUACAACAGGCCAAGUCAUUUCUAAACGAGAUGCUCGGAAAGGGCAUUACUCCUGAUCAGGUUCUCUGUAUUCGGCUUCUGAGAAAAUAUUAUGAGCUAGGGGACAUAAAUGAAGCUCAGGAGCUUCAUAAUGAUAUGAUGAGGAGGGGCCUAGUUAACAUGGACACAGCAGUUCCCUAAAUAUACACUUGAGAAGGAAAACAUGUUUUACAUACUUGACUCAGUCUUAUUUUUAUGGCACAAAAUGUACAUUCUUUCAUUUUUUUGCCAAAGUUCAAGAACUUAAUUGAAGUGAAUUUGGUGCAUCUUCAUAUACUGGCAAUUGCCUGUUCUAAUUGAGGCAUGCUCAUUCUCAACGAGUUUGUAUUCCCUCGAUGUAAAUCCUGCAGCUUCUAGGACGGGGCUUUCAAUAUUCAUGUGAUCAUUAAGACAACCAUAAAAUGAUGCCUCCCUGGUUCGAAAAAGUCUUGAUAUCCUAUAGGUGAUUGGCGAUCAAUUUGGCUGAUAUUCUAAUGACAAAGCUCAUAAUUAUAGGAUAGGAACUCCUCGUUAUGACAUAUGAUAGAUGCAGAGGAGUUCAGACACAAGGCAUAUGAUACUUUCUUGCUAUUUUCUCAAUUUUAAUAAUAUCAACAGACACAACUUUGGUAGUGAUCUCAAGUUUCUGUUAGACAUAGGCCUUCCACAGCAAUAUUCUAUAUGUAGGGUGAUUCCAACAUUUGAUGGAAAGGAAUCUUAUUGGUUGCUAUUUGCUAAUCAAUGCAGAUCAGUAUAUCGGUGCCAUUGGGGGGUACUCGUGGAGGAGAAGCUAUCAUUGACUGCGACGACAUUGAGAAGGAUGCUCUAAAGUUGUGGUUUUCUUGGAAAGCAAGCAACCAAAAUGUGAACUCUUCCAAGUUCCAAUACAAUCUCUCAUUCAAGUAGCGAAGAUGGAGUUUCAAAAGAAUUUGUAUUAUGUUAUUGCCAACACCCUGAUAAAACAUUUAUCGCCAACCACAAUGAAAAUCUCAUUUCUACCAGAGAAGAAGUGCAAAUACUGAACCACAGUUACUAACCUGCUAUUACCGAUUUUGUCAGUGUCUCAGAGCUACAUGCUGGUCUUCUAGGAAUAAGGCUGCUGCAUUAAAGGAAUUGGCAGUGUAAGGAUUUAUUGUAUGUAAAUAAGAAUUGGAAGGAGUGAGAGGGAAAAUGUAUUGUCAAUUAAAAGAGGAUCGGGGCGCUCGGGCAUAGGGAAUGUGUUGCUAUGCUGACAUGCUGUGAUAUAUUUUGCUUUUCUAUGUACUGCACUGCAUAUAUGACACUUAAAAAAAUAUAAUUAAGUGUUAUGAGUAGCCUUGGGGAUGCCAAUUGUUAAUCAACUACUUAACUAUGCUAACAACAACUUGCCAAUCGUUUUCUCUUUUUGUGCUCUUAGGUUUUAAGUCUGUGUUCAGCUUGAGGUCUUUAGAGUUACCUCUGUCAGGUGCAUAUCUGUGUAUGUUUUAAGACACUGCAUUAAGUUUGACUCACACCGUUAUAGUUGUUGAGCCUUUGAUGUAAUGCCGUUUGCUUUCAAUGAUUUCUCCCCUUUGACCAAUAAA